AUGAAAACUGCGAGGAAUCUCUACAAAACAAUCAAUAAAUAUCAGACACGACAACCUAGUUAUUCACUAUUAUCAUUAUACAAAUCUAUAGCCUCUCAGUAUCCGACUUUCAGAAAAUCUGCUAUCCAAACAUUGGGACAAUCUGGCAAAUCAGUUCUGCAGCUUAAUCUAAGAAACUAUACACGUUUAUUGUACAUUUACGCAUAA